GGGCUGCAGCUCUACGUCUCACGUUUUCCUUAUUUCUCAAUUCGAAGAUCUCAACUUUGAUGAUGAAUAAGAACUCAAAAUCAAAACCAAGAAGAUCCAUGCUGUUGUUAUGUCACUUCUGCAACUCAAAGCCUGCAGUUCUGUAUUGCAGCGCCGACUCCGCAAGUCUCUGUUUGUUCUGUGACCAACAAGUACACUCCGCCAAUUCCCUCUCUCUCAAGCACGUUCGUUCCCAGAUCUGCGACGGCUGCAAAGCCAAACCGGCUUCUUUUCUUUGCUCCGAUGAUAAUCUUAUGCUAUGCCAUGACUGUGAUCGGAAUUCACAUAACGCCGGAGACUGUCCUGGUUCAUCUACGCACCAGCGUUCUCCGGUUGAAGGUUUCUCAGGUCGUCCUUCCGUGGUUCAACUAGCUUCACUCUUCGGUUUUGAUUUGAAACCCAAAGAUUUGAUGGAUUUGAUUCCUGGGUUUUCUUUGUACGAGCGAGAACUGACGAAUAUUGAAGAUUUCAUGUUACCUGAAGAGAAUUCUUGCGUUUCAUAUGCUUUGCUUAGCUCCGUUAAGCUGGACCAUGAGGUGUAUAGGCAACUCGUCGAAAUGGGGAAGCGGGAUUUGGUGAGAGUAAACGGCGAUGGAGAUGAACAGGGGAAUACUACAAGUGAUGAGCACGAGAAUUUAGCCAGUUUUGAAGUUGAAAACGGGGAUGAUGAAGAAUCUCAACAGCAACAGCAGACCCCCUUUACCUCUCUGCUAAUGUUGAGAGAAAAUGAUUAUAUUGAUGAAGCAUUGCUUAUGUGGGGCUCCAACUCUUCCAAUCUGCCAUUCCAGAUAUGGGAUUUUCAAUCAGGGAGGUCAAAAGAUAGUGAAGAAUCCGGUACAGAAGAUGCUGGUUUUGUUCAAGGCGGUUCCUCGUGUAGAAAUAACGGCUGCAAUGAACCAUUGUCGACCUAUAUACCGAAAACUGAAGAGAGUAACAACAAACCUGUAAUGGGAUCAUUAUCCGAUACCAAUCCGGUCAAACUCCUAACAUGUGAUACCACUAGACAUGUCCGAGACGGUAGCGAGUCUGUGAAUUACGAGGUGAAAGCUAAGGUAGACAUGGCUCAAAAUCGAGACAAUGCAAUGCUACGCUACAAGGAGAAGAAGAAACAUAGAAGAUUUAACAAGCAAAUACGGUAUGAGUCGAGGAAGGCCAGGGCUGAUACUAGGACGAGAGUCAAAGGCCGGUUUGUGAAGGCAAGUGAAGUACCCGAUGUCACACUGUAAACGGCUGCCUUUAUCGUUUUGGAUAAUAUGUCCCCUAUCUGUCUGUAUAUACGUCUUCCCUUCCUCAACUUUUGGAAUUUCGA